AUGUGUAUUGACUAUAGGAAGCUAAAUUCAGCAUCUAGAAAGGAUCAUUUCCCUCUCCCUUUCAUUGAUCAGAUGUUAGAAAGAUUGGCAAACCACCCUUUUUAUUGUUUUCUUGAUGGCUACAGUGGUUUCUUCCAAAUCCCGAUCCACCCUAAUGAUCAGGAGAAGACCACUUUCACAUGCCCUUAUGGCACCUUUGCUUAUCGAAGGAUGCCAUUUGGGCUGUGCAAUGCUCCAGCUACUUUCCAGAGGUGCAUGACCUCCAUUUUUUCAGAUCUGAUAGAGGAGAUGGUAGAAGUCUUCAUGGACGAUUUCUCAGUCUAUGGAGCAUCCUUCUCCUCAUGUUUGUCUAACUUGUGCAGGGUGUUGCAGAGGUGUGAGGAGACCAAUCUAGUACUCAACUGGGAGAAGUGCCACUUCAUGGUUCGAGAAGGGAUUGUGCUUGGACACAAGAUUUCCGAGAAAGGGAUCGAGCUCGAUCGAGCUAAGGUGGAUGUCAUGUUGCAGCUCCCUGUUCCCAAGACUGUGAAGGACAUAAGGAGUUUUCUGGGUCAUGCAGGGUUCUACAGAAGAUUCAUCAAGGAUUUCUCAAAGAUAGCAAGACCCUUGACAAGGCUUCUGUGCAAGGAGACAGAUUUUGAGUUUGAUGAAGAAUGCCACAAGUCUUGGACCUUGCUGAAGGAUGCUCUGGUAUCUGCGCCAAUAGUUCAAGCUCCAAACUGGGAUCACCCAUUUGAGAUUAUGUGUGAUGCAUCUGACUAUGCAGUAGGAGCAGUGCUUGGCCAAAAGAUAGACAAGAAACUCAAUGUCAUCUACUAUGCAAGCAAGACUAUGGAUGAUGCUCAGUGCAAGUAUGCAACCACAGAGAAGGAGCUCCUUGCCAUAGUCUUUGCCUUUGAGAAGUUUCGAAGCUAUAUAGUUGGAUCCAAGGUGAUUGUGCACACUGACCAUGCUGCCCUUAGGCACAUCUUCGCUAAGAAAGAUACAAAGCCAAGACUUCUCAGAUGGAUCCUUUUGCUUCAAGAGUUUGAUAUAGAAGUUGUGGACAAAAAGGGAGUAGAAAAUGGAGUUGCUGAUCAUCUCUCUAGGAUGCGAGUUGAAGACAUGAUCCCCAUCAAUGAUUCUAUGCCUGAAGAACAGCUUAUGGCAAUCAUGAUCUUGAAGGAGAUGAACUUCAUGGUGUCCGGAGAAGUCCCUAGUAGCUUUGAUGCUUACAAGAGGAAGAAAUUCUUCAAGGAUGCUAGGCAUUACUAUUGGGAUGAGCCUUACUUGUACAAGAGAGGACCAGACAGCAUUUACAGGAGAUGCAUAGCUGAAGAGGAUGUGCAAGGAGUUCUAGAGCAUUGCCAUGGGUCAGCUUAUGGAGGUCACUUUGCUACAUUCAAAACAGCAACUAAGAACCAUCAUCUUUCCAAGAUAUGGCAUCCCAAGGGUUGUUAUUUCGAUGGAGGCUCCCAUUUCAUCAACAAGGUGUUUGAGAAGUUGAUGAAGAGUUAUGGAGUCAAGCACAAGGUCGCCACGCCUUAUCACCCUCAAACCAGUGGGCAAGUUGAAGUCUCCAACAGACAGAUAAGGCCAUAUUGGAGAAGACUGUCUCCUUUCAAUUUGCUGUAUGGGAAGGAUUGCCACUUACCUGUGGAGGUCGAAUACAAGGCUUUAUGGGCAGUAAAGAUGCUGAACUUUGAUAUAAAGGCAGCACAAGAAAGGAGGGUAAUGAACUUGUUUGAGUUGGAGGAAAUCAGAAUGAAUGCCUAUGAGAACUCCAUGAUUUACAAGAUGAGAACCAAGGCAGCCCACGACAAACUGAUUCGCCUUAAAGGACUUCAAGGUUGGGGACAGUGUGCUCUUGUAUAA